CUAGAAUUUAUUAGUAGAUUUUGCGUCAAGACAUAAAAGUUGAAAACAUCUUUUAAGUAACUAAGCAAGUAAGUUAAUUAGUAGUAGAGGUCCUUUUGAAGUCUUGAUGUUUUCAAGCCAUAUGAUAAUGAACAAGAAUUGAUAUUAUUCCUACAAUUUAAGUUUCGAAGGAAAAUCAUUAGUUUGCGAUUUAACUCUUGUUUUAAUUUUGUUAGCUUCUUCUUCUUCGCAUAUGUUUAAUUAGCUUCUCUCACUCUCUCACUACACUUCAAUAGUUCAAUGGCUUAAAGAAAAGGCACGUCAGAUAUCAUGACAACACCUAUACGCUUUAUAGCGUUCAAUUUAGACCAUUAGUUUUGAAAAUUCUCAUUUCGUUUACGCGUCGAAUUUCUAUUAGAUCAUCAAAUAAUUAAAUUCGCAUAUGUGUUCGUAGGAGCAGUAAGUUGGUAUACUAUAUAUUAAAAGAAUAAUAUUAAAUCCACGUCAUCAUCAUAAAGUAUGAACGCUUCAGAAAUCAAUGGUUAAUUUUGUUUGUUUUGGUUAUUUCCUUAUAAAAUGAUUUCCUCGUGAGCAAGAGAUCCAAUUUCACACAAUCAUUUGUUUAUCUUCUUUCCCGUAUCUGUGUCUCUCUUCUCUGGAUCUUACUGUUCUAACUCCAUCUUUGAGUUUGGAAGUUUUUUAUUCUGCACAAUCAUGGCGAGGAAGAUGCUUGUUGAUGGAGAGCUUGAUAAGGCGAUGGCGGCUGAUGAAGCAAACGCGACGCACUACGAUUUUGAUUUGUUUGUCAUAGGCGCCGGGAGUGGCGGUGUUCGUGCAGCUAGGUUUUCCGCUAACAAUGGCGCUAAGGUUGGUAUUUGUGAGCUUCCGUUUCACCCAAUUAGCUCAGAGGAGAUUGGUGGCGUUGGUGGAACCUGUGUUAUUCGUGGCUGUGUUCCCAAAAAGAUUCUGGUCUAUGGAGCAACUUAUGGUGGUGAGCUUGAGGAUGCUAGAAAUUAUGGGUGGGAAAUAAAUGAGAAUGUCGACUUCACGUGGAAGAAGCUUUUGCAAAAAAAGACGGAUGAGAUACUAAGACUUAACAAUAUCUACAAGCGGUUGUUGGCGAAUGCUGCUGUGAAAUUGUAUGAAGGUGAAGGAAGAAUUGUCGGUCCCAAUGAAGUGGAGGUGAGACAGAUAGAUGGCACGAAGAUAAGCUAUACCGCAAAGCACAUAUUGAUUGCCACUGGCAGUCGGGCACAGAAGCCCAAUAUUCCUGGACAUGAGCUGGCUAUUACGUCUGAUGAAGCUUUAAGCUUGGAAGAGUUUCCUAAGCGUGCUGUAGUGCUUGGAGGAGGGUACAUUGCUGUGGAGUUUGCAUCAAUAUGGCGUGGAAUGGGUGGUACAGUAGAUUUAUUCUUCAGGAAGGAACUUCCACUGAGGGGUUUUGAUGACGAAAUGAGGGCACUAGUGGCUAGAAAUCUUGAAGGAAGGGGUGUAAAUCUGCAUCCGCAAACUAGUUUUACUCAGUUGAUAAAAACAGACGACGGGAUAAAAGUAACAUCGUCUCAUGGGGAAGAAUUCGUGGCAGAUGUUGUACUAUUUGCUACUGGCAGAAAUCCUAAUACCAAGAGAUUGAAUUUAGAAGCUGUUGGUGUUGAAGUUGAUAAGGCUGGAGCUGUGAAGGUUGAUGAGUACUCACGCACUAAUAUUCCUAGCAUAUGGGCUGUGGGAGAUGCUACAAACCGAAUUAACCUUACACCUGUUGCGUUAAUGGAGGCCACUUGCUUUGCUAACACUGUUUUUGGUGGGAAGCCUACUAAAGCAGACUAUGAGAAUGUAGCAUGUGCUGUAUUUUGCAUACCACCACUAGCUGUUGUGGGUCUCAGCGAAGAAGAGGCAGUAGAAAAAGCGACCGGGGAUCUUCUGGUUUUCACUUCAGGCUUUAAUCCUAUGAAGAACACCAUUUCUGGACGGCAGGAAAAGACAUUGAUGAAGCUUAUAGUUGAUGAGAAGACUGAUAAAGUUAUUGGAGCAUCCAUGUGCGGUCCAGAUGCAGCUGAGAUCAUGCAGGCAAGUUUUCUUGUAACCUACAUAGGAGAGAGAGGGAUUGCAAUUGCGCUCAAGUGUGGAGCAACCAAAGCACAGUUUGACAGCACGGUCGGGAUACAUCCGUCUUCUGCAGAGGAAUUCGUGACAAUGCGCACUGUGACUAGACGCAUUGCCUACAAACCGAAGCCUAAGACAAGUCUAUGAACCGCCAAAAUCUGAAAAAAAGACAAUUGCAGGAAAAAGUCUAUGAACACUUAGUUUGAUCAGAGUCAGACAGACAGAAGAAACAUGAGUUUUAAUCAUACUCAUGUCCCAAUAAAAUUGAUUUUGUAGUUUUUCUUUGUUUGCUUGUUGAUGUUUACUACUAAACUUGAGUAAUCAUAUUUGAAUAUACUCUUACCUUUUGGUCAUAUCAUGUUCUUCAAUUUGUUUGGUAAGUUUGUCUCAGAUAAUCUAUUUAGAUCAAAAGCUCUUACAGGAAACAGAAGAUUACAAGAAAGCGC